CGGGAUUCCGUAGGCCGGCCUACCAACAUGGCGGCCCCUGUAUGCUAACGUGAGCGUGACUGUUUCUGCUACUACGAGGCAAAACAGCUUUAUUAAAAAGGAACAAAACAAAAAAAUCACCGACGGAGUUCUAAGUAACAACCAAGGUGUCACCGGGAGGAGAGACACUUAUUCGAGUGAGAUUUAUUCGGCGACGGUAACCAGCUAAUGUUGUGGCGGGGACAUUUUGUCGAUAUUACGAUAACAUGUUGACAGGAUAGCCCGGUGCCAAGAAACAGGUGUUGCAUCCCUAUGAUAGUGCGGGCUGCUCGUCUCUUCCAACUUAUCAUCACCCCUCGCCUGCUCCCGCCCCCUGCAGCACUUCGGUGGUGUGCUGGCAGCUCCAUGGAACCCCUGAAAACAGCUAUUCAGGAUCCUGACUUUACCGUCGCCAAGCCAGCGGUGGUUGAGAAGCAGGAGGAGUCUCCUCCCGUUGGGCUCCUGCCUGGAGAGACAGUGGUGAGGGAGGGGAAGGCAGCCAUCUUGUUCCCCAAUGCCAACGAGGUGUUUUACAACCCUGUCCAGGAGUUUAAUCGCGAUUUAACAUGUGCGGUGAUCACAGAGUUUUCCAGAGAAGUGCUGGCUCAGCGCGGUGUGAAGGUUCUGGUGCCCGGUGAAAAGGAGCGAGUGGUGGUGUCACUGUCAGAUGACCCCAGCGAGGCUGACACGCAGGACGGGAAGACCAACAUUGAGGAGACGGCCAUUGUCACGGCAACGGUGGGCCAGAAAUGCGAGCGUGGGCUUCGCGUGCUUGAGGGUUUGGCGGCAUCUGGUCUGCGCUCGGUGCGUUUCGCACUAGAAGUGCCGGGCCUUCGGAGCGUCACCGCCAACGACUUCUCCCACAAAGCCGCUGUCCUCAUCGCCAGGAACGCCGAGUACAACAAGGUGGGCGAGCUUCUCCAAGCCAGCUGCAAGGACGCCAGCAUGCUUAUGUAUGAGAUGCGAGGGAGGAACGAUCGCUACGACGUCAUCGAUCUCGAUCCCUACGGCAGCCCAGCUUCAUUUCUGGACGCCGCAGUACAGUCUGUCAGCGAGGGAGGCCUGUUAUGCAUCACGUGCACAGACAUGGCGGUGUUAGCGGGGAACAGCGGCGAGACAUGCUACAGCAAAUAUGGCUCCGUUUCUAUCAAAGCCAAAUAUUGUCACGAGCUGGCUCUGCGCAUCAUCCUCCACAGUUUGGACCAGCGGGCCAACGUGUACCAACGAUACGUUCAGCCGCUGCUGUCUGUGAGCGUGGACUUUUACAUUCGGGUAUUUGUGCGCGUCUUCACAGGACAGGCCACUGUCAAGAACUCAGCCAGCAAACAGGCUCUGAUCUACAACUGCGUUGGCUGCGGGUCGUUCCACUUGCAGAGGAUGGGCAGGAGGACCAACAAUGGGAAACAUACAAAGUACUCUGCAGCCACUGGACCACCGGUGGGACCAGCAUGUGAGCACUGUGGACAGAGACAUCAGCUGGGCGGUCCGAUCUGGGCAGAACCCAUCCAUGACCAAGGUUUUGUCCAGAAGGUUCUGACCGCCAUUUCUGGCAACCCAUCUCGCUUUGGGACGUCCAAGCGUAUCGAGGGGAUACUGAGCAUGGUGACUGAGGAGCUGGAGGACACGCCCCUUUACUAUACAGUUGACAGUCUGAGCAGCACCAUCCACUGCAAUACACCACCUCUGCUACAGUUUAGGUCUGCUCUGCUGCACGCCGGUCACAGAGUUUCCCUCUCACACGCCUGCAAAAACGCCAUCAAGACGGACGCGCCGCCUGCCGCCAUCUGGGACAUCAUGCGUUGCUGGGAGAAGAGCAACCCGGUGAAACGGGAGAAACUCUCGGAGAUGACGCCUGCCUUCAAAAUUCUGUCCACUGAGCCCAGCUUUGAAGCAUGUUUCACCGUGCGCGACGACGCCAACCCUCAGUCCCGUCAGCGGCACCUGACCCGCUUCCAGGAGAACCCGCAGGCCUUCUGGGGACCCAAAGCCCGAGCAAAAACUGGUGGCGGUAUCGCCGACAACCUUCAGCAGAGACGCAUGAAGAACCAGAACAAGCGCAAGAACCAGAUCACAGACUCGACUCAGCUCAAGAGCUUCCCCUGCAAAAAGUUCAAACAGGGCACUUGCACACACGGCGACAAAUGCUCGUACUCGCACGAACCCGAGUACACCACUGAGGAGAAAAUGGAAUGACUUGGACGUUUUUUUUUUAAGUUAUUGUAAAGGGGCGGGAAAGUCAGCUGAGUUUCAAAAUCAGAAAAGCUUUUUUUUUUUUUUUUUUUAAAAGCUAUUUUUUGGCGGUGGGGGGACAACUCUAUUUUAAUGGCCCAAUAAAGCCUGAUUUAUAAUUUGAAAUUAUUUCAUAUCGUGGUAAUUUAUUGGAAAUGCAGUACACACUCAUGGCACACUUCAUUAGGUACCAUUCUGCAAUAAAAUGGAAAAAUUCUGCCUUUACUAAAAUAAUAUUGCUCAGUUUGCAUUCACAUACAGAGGUACUGAUUUAACAAUGGUGGUUAUUGAUUUUUUUUUAAACCUUGUUUGAUUAUAAUUUCAUUGGAAGAAUAAAGGUUGCAUGUUUGGUUCUCA